AUACAUGGAACAUGGAACCUGUUGCUACAAAUUUCAAUCUUCGUUGGAGUGCCUCCGCGUUGGCUUCCACGUUGCGAAAUGAUCUUGCGACAACGAGCGUUCCACGGCCAGUGCGCAGCGAACCUUGGUUCAAUGUCCAACGAAGCUGCACACAAAUACUUGAUAGCUACCGGUACCGGUAGGGAACCAUACAGCAUCUGAAACUCUCCUUUUCUUACCACGAGAACCAUGAGCCACGUAGAUGUAGUGGAAGAGGAGAUUCCUCUCCAAGAAACGCUUUCUCACUUCUGGAAGGAUGAAACAUUCCAUGACAUCCAACUGAAAUGCAAUGAUGGAGUCAUCAUUGGAGCCAACCGCUAUGUCCUCUCCAUUCGAAGCAAAGUCUUCCAAAAGAUGCUUCUUGGGCAUUACAAAGAGUCUUGCAUCAACGAAGUUGUGGUACAAUACAAUAGCAGGGCAGUGAGAGCCCUUUUAGAAUACAUUCACACCGAUGAAUUCAAACUUGGACUGGGGGACAAGACCAAGAAUCCUGAGGAAGAGGUAGAGAAGUUGACAACGUUGGUGUCCUUGGCGUCAGCAUCUCAUUUCUACCAGCUUCCAAAGCUCCACAAGAAAGCAUCAGACUCUAUCAUUCAGUUGAUGGAUGAGAUACCAUCACUGUCUCUGGUUGUCCUGGAGGCAUGCACAGCAAACGAUUCCACCCUCCGAGAUGAAGUCAAAACGAGGGCACUUUCCAUGAUUAGGACCAAUGUGGAUAGUAUCAAACAAGAGAACAAUUGGUUGCCAGCCAUCAGCAUUAAUACCUUAAACACCAUGCUGCAAGAUGACCAGAAGACAGGAAUGGACCAGCACAUUCUAUUUGAAAUCUUGCAGCAUUGGGCUGGAAAUGAUGAGGAGCGAAAGAAUGUUGCCAAGGACCUGUUAGGAAAGCACAUCUGCUUGGAGAAACUUGACCCAAACUUCUUGACGUCAUCUGUGAUACCAACUGGCUUUGCUUCAACCCAACAACUAAUGCAAGCCUUCCAAGUCCAAGCACUAUUGGCCAACAAAGAGCAUGCAAUGUUCUCUAGAAAGAGCGCAAAGUUCUCUCAUACAGCGAAGGCCGAGCAACCUUUAGAAGCCAACCCGUGUUGUACGCCCGCAAUGCAUCGAGGCUUCUGGUAGAGCAUUUGAGUCUCCAACUAUUUGUGCAAGAGGAUCUCAAGGAGAUUUAGGCAGAGGUCCAUGUAGGCCACGACCUAAAAAGGGGGUCCAGGGGGUCGUGGUCCACCGGGCUCCCCAGUCCCGGUGUCUCCUGGCUCUCGCAGCUGCAAUCGCUGCCGGUACUCUCCCGGUCCAUUGGAAGACAGUGGUAAACAGUGGUAAACAGCGGUCGACAGUGGUUGACAGUGGUAAAGACAGUUGUACAUGUAAACAGCGGUAGAGAUGUAAAGAUAGGGGUAAACAGGGGUAAGAUAGCGGUAAACAGCGGUAAAGACAGCGGUAGACAGUGGUAAAGACGGCACCACUGUCUUCUGAAACAGUGGUUGACAGCGGUAAGCAGCGGUAAGCAAUGGGUAAGCAAUGGAUGAAUCGCCGAAAACCUUGGUGGACAAUGGUGUGCAAUGGAUUUCUCCGUACCCCAAAUUGACGGAUCAAAGAUCGAAGUGUCGAAGAGGCCAUUCAAAGGUUGGCUCCCAUGUUCACCAGCUAUUGACUGUCACGCACUCAUUCAGGUUUGGAGGAUACUAGUACAAACCAACCACAGUCCAGUUCACCACAGCCAAAACCACUACGAGUACUAUAGAACUAUUUGUCUUUCAACCUGCCCGAAUGACUUAGUUUUUGUGAUGCUCUUCUGACUCUCUGCAUUGCUUGUUGUGAAUCACACAAUUGGCUUGUUCCCCCUGAUCCCAACGAUCCCAGCCCCAAUUUCGCCUUCUCUUCUCUUGGCUACCGGUAGCUAGAUACCGGUACUGGGGUUGGCUCAUGCCAGCUACACCACCGAAUUCAAUCCUGCAACACUCCUCUUCCCCACAGCUCUCCCCGCCCACCCCUUUCGAAGAGACAACUGCUUGCACUGAACGUGACUCUUCAUCAGCUCCACAAACUAGUAGACCUCUAGCUAGCUAGAGGUUCCGCAUAAAAGUAUUGUAAGAGGCACUCACAGGUUCUGAAAAAGCAACGUCAUCUUAUGACGCGUCUAGCCAAUCAAAUUUAAUGGGUGCAAUUCCACUCCCACCAAGCAAAAACGCCACCACCCAGAUUCCCGCUUGAUCAAACCG